AUGAGAAAGCUGAAUGAUGUUACUGAAGAAGACAACACCGUACAGACCGAGUCAAACAUCAAAUGUGCACAAGAGAAUAAUCGUGUUUCCGAACCAGAAGCAGGUUUGGUGCCUCACAGAACAAAUGAAGAAGAGAGUCAAAGAGUGUCAGCCAAAUCAGAGUUGUAUAAGUUAUGUGGUGUGAGGCAUUGGAAAGCACCUGUUUAUGAGUGUUGCGACAACGAGGGUCCUUCUCAUAAGAAACUAUUUACAGUCAGAGCUACGGUUGAAAUCAAGGAGGGUUCUCGGAUAACGGUUUUGGAGUGUUUCGGGGAUCCACAGCACAAGAAGAAAAUUGCAGCUGAACAGGCAGCAGAAGCAGCGCUUUGGUAUCUUAAGAAUGUGGGUCACACCCUUCAGACAGACAAAGCUUCUGGUCGUUGA